AGCGCUAGAAGCAGGCGUUACAGUCAUCUAUUUCAUGAGAAGAAGUCAAACAAUGGCGACUACAAAGUUCGACUGGAAGACGAAGAAGAAAAUGCUUGACGACUUUGAGGUUGGGAACAAGAUCACGCCAAUCCUCAUAGAUCCUUUGCAACGAAAGUGGGUGGGGCCGCGAGCCCUUGCUGGGCGAUUUUUCAGCAAAAAGGAUGAAGAAGAACAGGACCAGGAAAAGACGAUCAACAGCCUGAAAAAGGGGACAGCAGAAGACGACUUGGUUGUUUCUGAGAAGCCAAAUCAGAGAGGCUGCUGCACAUGGCCCUCGCUAAGAGAGAUUAUCAUGGAUAAAGAUGGAGCCCAUAAGGCAUACAUUCUGAGGCUACUAGAACAGACUAAAGACCACAAGCAGUGGAAUGAAAUUCUAAGGAACUUUGCCAACCGGCUAGAGAUUGCCCAAAUGAUAAUCACGAAGGACGAAGAAAAGUACCAAAAAAGGCUUGCCCAAAAAGAAGAGGAAAUUUCUCGGCUCUCGACUAAUGUGGCUCUUCUCGAAAAAGACAAUGAAUGGGAGAGAACAAAGGCAGAAUCAAAGAUCAGAGAGCUGGAGAAACGCUUCGCAGAGCAGGCAGAAAACACACGACACGGGAUCUCCCUGAAAGAUGAGGAACUUCUGGCCCUGAAGACUCGUGUGGCUGUUCUAGAGUCAGAAAAGAAAAGAUUGGAUGCAACCAAAACACGUGUGUGCAGCCAAACCCCACAACAUGUCCUGAUUGACCCAACAUCGAUUAUGCAGGACAAACAGAAGUUCAGAGAAGAGAAUGAAAAGAGGACUGCCCUUCAACAGGAAUAGAUCAGUAAGUGGAGGAACCAGGUUGAAAACAACAAGGAAUUCCUCAGGAAACUCCAACAGGACAUUCUGCCCACACUGCUGCUCAACGGUUGCCCUCUGCUGCUAG